GAUCUUUAGAUCAGGGCUCUGUGGGAGAACAGGGGACCUGUGACAGCGAGCUCCAGUCAGCAUAGGAAAUAGGCCCCACAGCCAGCCAGUCUUACCAGCACCUCGGGAGCUUCUUUUGUGAUGAAGCAGCUGGACCUUCGAUGUUAGUGACCAGCUUCAGGAAUUAUGCCCUCUGUGGCUGAGACACCUGGAUAAAGAAGCACCAUCUACAGAGCAUCGAGGAGGCUGUGGUCCUGGUGGAACGCUUGCAGGGGGACUCUAGUCAAAGGCAGAAUGGGGUUGCAGUCCAUGAGCUGGCAGAGGCGGCCAUGCUCUUGGGAGAAACAGCAGAGGCCUCGGGCUUCAGGCCGAAGCCAGCAGAGUCCCAGCCAGUGGGAAUGUCCCCGGAGGAAGAAUUUGGGGGUGUACAGCAGGGCCUACAGGAACCGCUGAGCGGGAGCAGGCCCACAGAGACGGAGCCCGUGUGUGAGAGUGCUGUGCCUGCUCACCAGAAUCUAGCCUUUCCUGUAGUGUCAAACACCAAAGACUGGACAGUGACACCUGAGCUCAUCUUGCCUGAGGCCCAGAGCUUGUUGACAUUUGAAGAAGUAGCCAUAUAUUUUUCCCAGGAGGAAUGGGAGCUACUAGAUCCCACUCAGAAGGCCCUCUACAAUGAUGUAAUGCAUGAAAACUAUGAGACUGUCAUCUCUCUAGCAUUGUUUGUGUUCCCCAAACCUAAAGUGAUCUCCUGCUUAGAGCGUGAGGAAGUGCCGUGGAUUCAAGGGUCCCCACAGUUCAAGGACGAUAGCAGAGAUGUGCUUCCAGAGAUAAUGCUGAAAAAUGACCCUGAAGAUCAUCAAGCUAUGUAUCUUUCUGACUUAGAAAUACAAGCACCAGGAAAUGCAGUAUCAAAAAAAGCUAGAGCAGAUGUUCCCCAGAAAACAGCGGGCAGAGAAACUCAUGGUGAUGUACAUAGGUUGGGGAAAUGGCACCAAGAUUUUCCAGUGAAGGAAGGAAAGAAUCUCUCAAACUGGUGGGAAGAAGAGCUGCUGAAACUUAUGGAGCUUCACAAGAAGGAACGUGCAGGGGAGAAGCCUUUUAAAUGCCAGGAAUGUGGGAAAAGCUUCAGAGUUAGCUCUGACCUUAUUAAACACCAAAGAAUUCACACCGAAGAAAAACCGUAUAAAUGUCAGCAGUGUGAUAAGAGGUUUAGGUGGAGGUCAGAUCUUAAUAAGCACCUAACAACACACCAAGGAAUAAAACCAUAUAAGUGCUCAUGGUGUGGGAAAAGCUUCAGUCAAAAUUCACAUCUCCACACACACCAGAGAACUCACACUGGAGAGAAGCCCUUUACAUGUCACGAAUGUGGGAAGAAAUUUAGUCAGAAUUCGCACCUUAUUAAACACCGGAGGACCCACCUGUAGCCCUGCAGGAGGAGCUUCAUUGUGUUCUCAGGACUUCUUCGAUGGCAGAAACUUUGACAGCAGUGAAGGACGCAUGACCAGUGGCCUGAGACUGAAUAGAUAAUGAAACAGUUGACACUAAAGUUAUGAAAAACACAAAGUUACAAAGCAUGAAGAAUUUACACCAGUGGGAAAUUUGGUGAUAGAAGCAUGUUUCACAAAAAAGAAUCAGGGUUGACUGUGGCGGGGAAAGGUUAGUAGUUAUACUACUUCAUGUUUCUACUUAAAGCUUUCAGGGAAUUCCCUUUAGUUUAAAAAAAUAUAUAUUCUAAGAAUGUUCUGAGUAGGGAAAAAGCUGUUUGAAGAUCAUACCUGGCAAUGUAGCAAAAUCUGCUUUGGGUGGAUGCAGUCUUUUUUUUUUUUUUUUUUGGCUUUUUGGCUUUUUGGCUUUUCUAGGGCCAUACCCGUGGCAUAUGGAGGUUCCCAGGCCAGGGUCUAAUCGGAGCUGUAGCUGCCGUCCGAUGCCACAGCCCCAGCAAUGCCAGAUCCAUACCACAUCUGCGACCUACACCACAGCUCACGGCAAUGCCAGAUCCUCAACCCACUGAGCAAGGCCAGGGAUCAAACCUGCAACCUCAUGGUUCCUAGUCAGAUUCGCUAACCACUGAGCCACAACGGGAACUACUGUUUUUGUUUUUGUUUUUGUUUUUGGUUUUUUUUUUUUUUUUGGUGGAUGCAGUCAUAAAUCCUUAUGUCUUCCUUGGUCACAGAGGUAAACACUUGAUUUGCAUUGAUCUCCCCAGCCUCUCUUAACUGCAUGUGAUGGGAACAUUUGCAGCAUGGUCUUGCACAGCAAAAAAGCAGUAAUAAUGUAUCUUUAAUUAAUACCAGGUAGCCAGCUUACCACUUUUACUGGUCUCGUGGGGCAGAAAUGAAUUCUAUAAUAUAAAGUUUUUCAAAAGCAAAUUGCAAUUUCUAAUUCUGUUUUGUCCUUGGACAGUAGUCCCAAAUUUGACAUCAUUUGAGCUUUUUGAAUAUUUUAGUGACUGUACUUCUUGAAUCCUAUUAGCACAAGUUUAACUGUGAUGAAAUCCUGUUUACUUCACGGUGGAGACUGCCAGGUGCACUUACAAUGCACUAUCUUAUGCCUCAGUGGUGGUGUUUCAAAGAAGGAGUGGCCUCUAAUGUGCACAUGGGUUAGAAUUUUUAGACUUGGGGUGUAUAUUACAUGUGAAGAAGAAUUUUUGCAGUCAAACAAACUAGACUACUUACCUCAAAAUGCCAAUAUGACAAUUCAGCCAUAAAAGUGAGCACUUUUCUGAGACCUCAGUGGAAAUUAAUGGGAAUUCAAAAUCA